UUUCAUGCAAACCAAAUACUAGUAGUACUAGUCCUUUCCUUUUCCUACCCAUAUUUGGAUUUAUCUCCCACUUAACUCUGAAUUCUUUACUAAGUAUAUUGCCACAACAGCAUCAAAACCUGAUAAGCGAACAGUUUUUUUGCUAACUACUUAGUACGUAAAUACUACCAAUAAGAUUCUGUCCUUUUCUCAGUCGGCGAAAUUUCCUUUUGUUUCUUCUCCCUUCCUCUUCCUAAUUGUCUCAAGAAUUCAACUGCAACUACAGAAAAUUCAUUAACACUGUCCACAAAAAAAUCAAAGUUGGCUUCUUUUUAGCAAUUCAGAAUAUGGGUCUUUGGGAUUCUUUCCUCAAUUGGCUUAGAAGCUUUUUCUUUAAACAGGAAAUGGAACUUUCCCUUGUAGGCCUUCAGAAUGCAGGGAAGACAUCUCUUGUCAAUGCCAUUGCUACUGGGGGCUACAGCGAGGACAUGAUUCCAACGGUUGGUUUUAAUAUGCGUAAAGUUACAAAAGGAAAUGUGACUAUUAAACUCUGGGACAUUGGAGGCCAAAGGAGAUUUCGUACGAUGUGGGAACGCUAUUGUCGGGGUGUUUCUGCAAUACUGUAUGUUGUAGACGCUGCUGAUAGAGAUAGUAUUCCUAUAUGUCGAACAGAACUACAUGAGCUUUUCAAAAAACCUUCUUUAAACGGAAUUCCCUUGCUGGUGCUCGGAAACAAAGUUGAUAAAUCAGAAGCUCUUUCAAAGCAGGUGUUAGUCGAUCAACUAGGUCUUAAUUCAAUCACGGAUAGAGAGGUCUGCUGCUACAUGAUCUCAUGUAAAGAGUGUGUAAAUAUAGAUACCGUUAUUGAUUGGCUUAUUAAGCACUCAAAGACAGCAAAAUGAUGCAAGCUUCCUAGUGUUGUAUGCAUCUCAUGUAGAAGGUUAACAAUGCAAAAAUAUGAGUUUAUUGGUUGGGAGUCCAAGAUUGAUAUGCUGAAAUCAUUUCCAGCUGAUUUUUUCUUCUCUUUUGUGCAAUAUAAUUUUUCCAUCUAAAGUUUUCUUGCUUAAAUUGGUGUACCAUGGAAAGAGCUAGUUGUAUUUUAUGAAGUUAUUCUUUGAUUUCUAUUUUGUACAUAAAAAUUUGUUCGUCUUG